AUGGCAACUAACAAGGCUCCGGGAUUUGACAAAAUUCCACUUCGUGUUAUUAAAGAUUGUCUUCCCGCUAUACUGCCUUCUCUAACCUCAAUCAUCAAUGCCACGUUUGACAGUGCAUAUUUCCCAACAGUAUGGAGAAUAUCCGAAGUUAUUCCGAUUCCCAAAGAAAGAGAUCAUCAAGUAGCCAAUAAUAACAGACCAACAUCCUUGCUACCUAUUCUGUCUAAAGUGUGUGAAAGAGCCGCCCACGAUCAGUUUACGUCUUAUUUGUUAUCGGAAAAUCGCCUUUCGUCUAAACAAAGUGGGAAUAUAAAGUUACACUCAACCGAAACCUCCGUAAUCCACACUACUGAUGAAAUAUUAUCUGCUAUUGACAAAAAGAAACUUUCGGCGGUUGUGUUCCUCGAUAUGUCGAAAGCCUUCGAUAGUAUAAAUCACGAGAUACUCUACGCAAAGUUAAAGGAUGUUGGUGCUUCCGAAUCUGUUAUAGUUUGGUUCCGCAGUUAUCUAUCCAGUCGCUACCAAGCAGUCCGCAUCUAUACAGCUUUGUCUGAUCGAUUACCAGUAUCCUGUGGUGUACCUCAAGGCAGUAUCCUUGGCCCACUUCUCUUUAGCAUAUAUGUCAACGACCAUCCCAAGAAAUUCCUCACCUCAACUCUAUGUCGAUGCCACCAAGCUACUAAUGUCAUUCUACCUUCAAGACCAGGAAAAUGCGGUAGAACGUAUGAACAGUGA